AGCCACCGUAGGUGCCAAAAGCGCAUACAUGCUGGAUAUUCAAACCAUUCACGUAUUGUUCGUUAAAUGAUAUAUGUUAUUUAGUCUUAAAGAACGAGGAAAGUGUCACAAUGUCUCUUCAAUCAACCAAUCCUAACAACCCCAUUGUCUUCUUCGACAUAACCAUCGGAGGGCAGGAUGUUGGAAGGAUGAAGGUCGAGCUGUUUGCCGACGUGGUUCCAAAGACGGCAGAAAAUUUCCGGCAGUUCUGCACUGGAGAGUUCAGGAAGGAUGGAGUCCCUAUUGGUUUCAAAGGUUGCACAUUCCACAGGGUCAUUAAAGACUUUAUGAUACAAGGAGGGGACUUUGUAAAUGGUGAUGGAACUGGCAUCUGCAGCAUCUACAGAGGUCCGUUUGCAGAUGAAAACUUCAGAAUGAAGCACAAUGGGCCUGGUCUUCUGUCCAUGGCAAACAGUGGUCCAGGGACAAAUGGGUGUCAGUUUUUCAUUACCUGCAGUAAAUGUGACUGGUUAGAUGGGAAACAUGUUGUUUUUGGGAAAGUGGUCGAAGGUUUGCUGAUCAUGAGAAAAAUUGAGAAUGCUCCUACGGGACCCAACAACAAGCCCAAGCUCCCCAUCAUCAUCGCACAGUGUGGAGAGAUGUGAUCCAGCCAGGACCAACCAGCCUCUUUAUACAUGAAGUAGUGUCUCAUUGUCAUGUGAUACUCCUCAGCAAACAUCCACCCUCAUAUUUUUUUAACAUAUGGAUGCAAUCUCUCAUAAUGCACAUUAAAGGACAGUAUAAAGUUCAGCAGAACAUCUUUAUGGUAGAACUGAUUCUAGGUUAACUGCUGCACCUGAACUUACAUAAGAUUAUUCACAUCUCUUUGACUGAUAAUGUGGGUAUAUGGGUUUAAUAUUAAUUUUGCAAAACAUGUGAAACAUUCUCAUUUAUAUUUUAGUCCCACUGUGUCAUUUUUGAUCAAUAAAUUGUUACAUUUUUGUAAAACUUUUGAGAAGAUCUUGUUUGAUUAAAAAACUGUAGAUAGCAUCAGGUUAUAUUCAGAGUUUUAAUGUUGUUAUCUCAACCAUAGUUAGUAAAUUACACGCCCAUGAAGUUGGAAUAAAAUAUUUUUUACCUCUUUCCAUUAAAUAA